AUGCCGCCGAUGCAACCGACGACGUCUCUGCCGUUCACGCCUUAUCGCCCGCCAGCGUCGAAGAUGUCCGCCGCCGCCGCAAUGGAGAAGAGGCCGCCUCUCAACCUGGAGCACCACUACUCCGAUGUCACCAACCAGAGAGAGCCCAGCAAGAUGAAGGAGUUUUACAAGUACUUCCAGAUUCCGGGCAUUGGGCAGCUUGCUGGAGGCCUUCCUCAUUCGAGCCUGUUCCCGUUCGAUACCCUAGAAGCGCAGGCCGCGAAGCCCGAGCGGUGGGAACCGUCCCCGAUCCCCGACGAGACCACCGCCGCCGCCACAUUCAGCGCGCCCAACGGCUCCGCCGCCCUACCGGUCCGGAGCAAGCCCGCCACCGCCAAACGAGAUGCGGAAAAGGACGUCAAGGCCGCGCGCCACGUCACCGUCCCCGGGAGCGACGCCGAGCGCGACCCGCUCCGGCGCAUCGACGUCGCCACGGCCCUGCAGUACGGCACCGCCGAGGGGUACCCGCCGCUGCGGUCCUUCGUGCGGCAGUUCACAAGGGAGCACCUGCACCCCAACGUGCCGUACCUGGGCGGGCCCGAGGUGAUCCUCAGCUGCGGGUCGACGGACGGGUUCUCCAAGACGCUGGAGCUGCUGACGAACCCGUGGAGCCCGGCCAAGAACGACGCCAGGGACAGGCAGGGCAUGCUGUGCGAGGUGUUCGUGUACAGCCAGGUCCUGACGCAGGCGCUGCCGCGCGGCGUGCAGGUCGCGCCCGUGGAGAUGGAUCAGGUGGGCAUGAUCGCGUACGGGCCCGGCGGGUUGGAGGAGGUGUUGGCGGGCUGGGAUGAGGCGAAUGGGCGGAGGCCGCAUUUUAUGUACACCGUGACGAUGGGACACAACCCGACCAGUGGCGUGCUCCCCGUCGAGCGCCGCAAGGAGAUUUAUGAGAUCUGCAGCAAGUACGAUGUCAUCAUCGUCGAGGACGACCCGUACUGGUACCUGCAAUACCCGUCUGCGGCUCAGGAUGAGGCAAAGCACCGCGGUCUGCCACCCCCGAAGCCUGUCCAAUCGACUUACAAGCCGGUCAAGUCUUCGGGAUAUCAGUUCCUGGACUCCUUGACCCCGUCGUUCCUCAGCAUCGACGUCGACGGCAGAGUUAUUCGUCUCGACACCUUCUCCAAGACCAUCGCCCCUGGAUGCCGAUUGGGAUGGAUCACUGCUCAGCCAGCCAUCAUUGAGCGUCUGUUGAGAAUCACCGAAGUCACCACCCAACAGCCCUCGGGCUUCGUGCAAUCCACCGUCGCAGAGCUGGUCAUGGGCGAACAGCCCCCUGCCGUGCGGUCGGCCUUCGCGGCCCUCACCUCGCGCCAGAAGCAGACCUUCGAGGGCUGGAAGAUGGACGGCUGGGUGCGGUGGCUCGAGGGCCUCCGGGGCGUCUACGAGCGCCGCAUGAACCGCAUGUCGUCCAUCCUCGACGACGGCGCCGUCCAGCUCAAGCAGUCGACGCCGCGCAACGCCGAGGACGCCGAGUGGGGCGUCGUCAGCAAGACGCGGCUGUACGACUUUGACUGGCCGCGCGGCGGCAUGUUCAUCUGGCUGCGCAUGCGUUUCGAGACGCACCCGCUGUGGAUGGCCAAGGGGGGCAGGGCGGUGCCGCUGGUCGACGGGGAGAAGCUCGCGACGGCGCUCAUGAUCUUUGCGACGCAGAAGCCGUUCCGCGUGUUGGUCAGCCCCGGCAUGAUGUUCAGCGCGACGCCUGGGAUCCGCGCCGAGAGGGGCUGGGCGUACUUCCGCCUCUGCUUCGCGGCCGAGACGGAGGAGAAUGUGGACAGAUGCUCGGAGAGGCUUGCCGAGGCCAUCCAGCGGUUCUGGAGGAUUAGGAGGGUAGAGGAGAUCGAGGAGCUGCUUGGAGACUUGGUUGCUCUCCAAGAUGAGCAGGUUGAGAGCCUGGGUAACCUCGGUACCUGGAUGGGAUGUUAA